GUACUGGCAACACGUUAGAACAGUAGCAGCCGCGUAAAAUUUUAUAAAAAAAUCGGGCCUUUUUGAAGAGGUUCAACAUGGCAGGAGACCAGGCUCAAUUUUAUCAAUUAUUAAAUACAAUAUUGUCUAUAGAUAAUGAAACCAGAUCACAAGCAGAGAAAUUAUAUAAUGAUAUACCAACCGAAACGAAGGUAGUCCACUUAGUUGGUGCUAUCCAAAAUGCAGACCUCGGCGAGGAAGCCAGAGAAACCGCAGCAGUACUCCUGCGAAGGUUGCUCAGCGCCGAGUUUUUUGAAUUCUUUCCUAAACUCCCUUUUGAUCAGCAAGCAAUGCUUAGAGAACAGUUGUUGCUCACUCUGCAAAUGGAUGUUAGUCAACAGCUAAGACGAAAAAUUUGCGAUGUUGUAUCUGAGCUAGCAAGAAAUCAUAUAGAUGAUGAUGGAGUCAACCAGUGGCCAGAAUUCCUUCAAUUCAUGUUCAACUGUGCGAGUGCGCAAGAUCCUAACAUUAAAGAGGCUGGGAUUAGAAUGUUCACAUCUGUGCCAGGUGUUUUUGGUAAUCGUCAGAAUGAAAACCUGGAUGUUAUUAAGAGAAUGUUGCUGUCAACACUCCAACCGACGGAAUCAGAGGCACUGCAGAUGCAGGCUGUUAAAGCCGUCGGAGCUUUUAUCCUGCUCCAUGAUAAAGAACCAGCCAUACAGAAACAUUUUAGUGAUCUCCUUGUACCUUUUAUGCAGGUUGUAGUACAAUCAAUUGAGAAGGCCGAUGAUGAUGCAGCCCUAAAAGUUCUUAUUGAACUUGCUGAAUCUGCUCCUAAAUUCUUGAGACCACAAGUUCAAACAAUCUUUCAAGUUUGCAUAAAGGUUAUUGGGGACAAAGAUGGCGAGGACAACUGGCGGCAGUUGGCAUUAGAAGCACUAGUGACAUUAUGUGAGACAGCCCCAGCAAUGGUCAGGAAAGUGGUUCCUAACGCCAUACAACUACUGACCCCACUCAUACUAGAUAUGAUGUGCGAGUUAGAAGAGGAACCUGAUUGGGCUGUGCAGGAUAAUGCCUCCGAUGAUGACAAUGAAUUAAACUAUGUCGCAGCAGAAUCUGCCUUAGACCGUAUGUGUUGUGGUCUUGGUGGCAAGAUAAUGCUUGGUCUGAUUGUGGGACAAGUGCCUGAAAUGUUGAACUCUCAAGACUGGAAGAGGAGGCAUGCCGCCUUAAUGGCAGUAUCUUCAGCUGGGGAAGGCUGUCACAAACAAAUGGAACAAAUGUUAGAUCAAGUUGUUUCAGCGGUGCUCAACUAUCUUACAGACCCCCAUCCGCGAGUGCGUUAUGCUGCUUGCAAUGCUGUGGGGCAAAUGUCAACGGACUUUGCACCGGUGUUUGAGAAGAAAUUCCAUGACAAAGUGGUUCCCGGACUUCUUAUGGUACUAGAAGACAAUGCUCAUCCAAGAGUACAGGCUCAUGCAGCAGCCGCCCUGGUUAACUUCAGUGAAGAUUGCCCCAAGCAAAUCUUAACUCAAUACUUGGGACCACUCAUGGGUAAACUGGAAGCAAUUUUAACUGCUAAAUUCAAGGAGUUGGUAGAGAGUGGCACCAAGCUUGUACUAGAGCAGAUAGUGACCACUAUUGCUUCAGUUGCUGAUACUGUGGAAAAAGAGUUUGUGGAAUAUUACGACAGGCUGAUGCCCUGUCUUAAAUAUAUCAUUGCCAAUGCCACUACUGACGAAUUCAAAAUGCUUCGCGGCAAGACUAUUGAGUGUGUCAGUCUGAUAGGCUUGGCUGUUGGUGAAGAGAAAUUUAUGGCGGAUGCAUCAGAAGUGAUGGACAUGCUUCUUAAGACACACUCGGAAGGUGAUCAACUGCCGGCCGAUGACCCCCAGACUUCUUAUCUUAUCUCUGCGUGGUCGCGAAUUUGCAGAAUUAUGGGCAAAAAAUUCGCUCAAUAUUUACCGAUGGUAAUGGAGCCGGUGAUGCGCACCGCUGCUAUGAAGCCGGAAGUAGCUUUAUUAGAUAACGACGACCUCGAGAUCAUCGAGGGAGAACUUGACUGGCACUUUGUAACCUUAGGAGAGCAACAGAACUUCGGCAUAAAGACUGCAGGACUUGAAGAUAAAGCGUCCGCCUGCGACAUGUUGGUCUGUUACGCCCGAGAAUUGAAGGAGGCCUUCGCUGAAUACGCCGAAGAUGUUGUUAAGCUAAUGGUGCCGAUGUUGAAGUUUUACUUCCACGACAACGUGCGCACAGCCGCCGCAGAGUCUUUACCCUAUCUACUGGAAUGUGCGCGAAUCCGCGGCCCGCAGUACAUUCAGGGCAUGUGGGCGUACAUUCUGCCCGAAUUAUUGAAGGCCAUCGAGUCCGAUCCAGAACAAGAUGUCCAAGUGGAACUGCUGAACAGCCUUGCUAAGUGCAUCGAACUCUUGGGAACGGGAUGUCUGUCUGACGAAUCUAUGUCUGAAGUGUUGCGCAUCCUCAACAAACUACUCGCAGAGCAUUUCGAGCGUGCUACUCAACGCAGACAAAGGCUCGCCGACGAAGAUUACGAUGAGGUUGUAGAAGAACAACUAGCGGAUGAAGAUAACGAAGAUGUAUAUGGCCUGUCCCGAGUGGCCGACGUGUUACACGCGCUUAUGUCCGCCUACCAUGAAAACUUCUACCCUCACCUAGACUCGCUGGUUCCUUAUCUUGUACAACUCCUUGGCCCCGGACGUCCAUACGCCGACCGACAAUGGGCUAUUUGCAUUUUCGACGAUGUCAUCGAAUUCGGCGGUCCCGCCUGCGUGAAGUAUCAAGAUGUCUUCUUGGAGCCGAUGUUGAAUGGUCUACGUGAGCCUCAGCCGGAAGUGCGACAAGCCGCUGCCUACGGUUGUGGAGUGUUAGCCCAAUUCGGGGGACCAAAUUUCGCGGCCGCCUGCGCUCGAGCCGUUCCACUGCUAGCCGCCCUCAUCGCCGAGCCAGACUCGCGUUCCGUGGAAAACCUGAACGCUACCGAAAACGCUAUCUCUGCUGUUACGAAAAUUAUAAAAUACAAUCAUUCGCAAAUCAAUAGGGAUGAAAUCAUCAGGCACUGGUUGACCUGGCUCCCAGUGGUUGAGGACACAGAGGAGGCCCCACAUGUAUACUCACUGCUGUGUGAACUGGCAGCCGGCGGCCACCCAGCUCUCGCUACACCAGACGCGCCUCGACACGUGAUCGCUACACUAGCCGAAGCCUUCCUGAGAGACGCCGUGCCAAACGAUAAUCCUGUGUACGCGCAGAUGGUCGCUCUCGUCAGGCAAAUACAGACGAAUGCAGAGCUUUUCAAUUCUUGCUUGAUGCAAUUGAGUAACGACCACAAGGAAGCUCUCAAAGUGGCUCUGCUGACCUAGUAGUGGCUCUGUACACUCGCCGCUUGAAUGUAUUCACCGCCCGCGUCACUCGUGAAAUCACAGCCUCCAUAGCCAGUCAUACUCUCGAGCCCUAUUAUUACUAACUCAUAUGUAUGCCUCUAUACUAUCAAAAAUAAAGUAAUAAACUCUUUGUGACCAAAAAAAUAUGUUUUACACACUUCAUAAGGACUUUACUCGAUGACUGGUAGAAACUAACAUUUUAGUAUUUAUUUACACUGUCCUAUCCUGUGGAAUACUUUCUUGGAUCUCAUAAGAUAUCAGUUGGGCUGAAAAUUAAUGUGAUAUAUUUUAUACUAAUUUUGAUGAUCAGAAGUAGCGCCUCUUUGACCUGUCAUAAUGAUUUCUAAACGUUUAUAUUUUUUGUAAGAUGAAUAUUUUACAGCCGAAUGCAAUGUGGAUGGUCCAAUUUUAUGCUAUCAUCACUUUAUCGUAUAAUCAUUGCUAGAUAGGUGUAUGUCUUGAUGAAAUAGCCGCUUGAAUUAUUUAUUUUAAUUUCUCAUGUAACAUGAUGUCAUUAGCAUAGACUUACUGUGGGUAAGAAUGACUCGGUUACGUCAUGUACCAGACAUGGUUUUUAUUACUUGGUAAAUUGGACUGUCACAUUCCUUAUUUUUAGUUCGUCACAUUUCAGCUCUGUCGGGAGUCUUGGUAGCUGUCUCUCGCAAUAGACGAGACCUGUUUAUAAGAUAUAAUUUUAUUCAUUGAAUAUAUAUGAUAUUACAUAUACAUUUCUUUGUUUAACUAAAAUAAAAGUUAUUGGCAUUGA